AUGGGUGAGGAGGAAAGGAUGCCAGCCACACGGGUGAAGCCCAAGUCCAGGGCGGCAGUGACGUUCGGGGACCUGGCCAUCUACUUCUCCCGGGAGGAGUGGGAGAGGCUGAGCCCCGCGCAUGACGUUCGGGGACCUGGCCAUCUACUUCUCCCAGGAGGAGUGGGAGAGGCUGAGCCCACGCAGAGAGGUCUGUACAAGGACGUCAUGUUGGAGAACUACCAGACCUUGGUCUCGCUCGGACUGUCCCGUCAGAAGCCAAACAUGAUCGCCUUGUUGGAGAAAGGGAAAGCACCCUGGAUGGAGAGAUUUGUGAGAAGACCCCGCGGCCUGGGAGGCUGUAGGGACCACAGGCGCGUUCAGGUGGGUGGGGCUGCCUGCCCGGCGUGGAGGCAGGUCCCGCAGCAGAAAAUGCCAGAAGAGCGAUGCACCUCUGAAGCUGAAAGAAGGCGGCACGGGCCACAGAACUUAUCUGAAGAGCAGUUAUUGGCAAAACGCAGAUCUGCAGCCGAAAGGAGCCGGCGUUAUCGACAGAAAAUGUCUGAACAGCAACGUGCCUCUGAAGUUGAUGAAAAAAGGCAACAUCGCAACAGAAUGUACCUAAAGGGGAACUAUUGGCACAAUGUACCUCAUUAAAUGUGAGGCUACACGUGCAAUCAUUUCUC